UAGAGUGAGCCAGCCUAACCUAAUUUUUAUGUUGACUAAUAAUUAAUUUGAUAAGUAAGUGUUGAUGUGUGACAUUUAACCGACAACCGCAUUAUUAAAUAAUGGAGUUGUAGUGAAUCUCUUGUCAGUAUAAAUAGUACAUUUUAUAAAAUAUAAAAAACUGUGUGUAUAUUGUGCUCAGAUACUUGUUUAGUGAAUUUUCAUUUAUGAUUGUGUUGAACUCUAGAAUCGACUUUAUUUUAUAAUAAUAAGGACCUUCUGCUGACAAAACAAAAAUAUGGGCCCUGAUGACAAAGGAGUUUCUAAAAAAAUAAAGUUCAGAUCAAUAUCUACGACUACAGAACCUCUUUUGGGAUCUGGAAGUAGAGUGGAAGACUUGAGCACCCUUCGGCAGAGAUCAAAGUCUGAACAGAAAUAUAAGAAAAAGGAUACAUCAGAUAACAGUGAUGAAGAAGACCCUCCCUCACUAUUAAAGUUCCUGGGGGUUGAGCUGACCAGAGGGUACAUUCUCGAGCAUGAUGAAGAGCAAUAUACAGCCAGAAGAGAGAAAGUGUAUAGUUUUUUGCCAAAAUUCCAGUGGAAGCUGAAAAGUUCAUGGCAUAACGGAUUUUUUUCAG